CAGAUGGCUGCAUGCUGUAUACAAUACGUGUACGUGUAAACCGACAAAUUUACUAACAUUUGUAACGUAGUUUAGAUUGGACCCUACACAAAACUGAGCCGUGGACGCGCUAUAGUUUAACCCAACUCAAGUGAACAUUUCUGUAUCGAUUGAGCGGUAAAUUGUGAAAGAAAAUAGGCCUGCAAACUAUGUCGAAUGCGGUCAGAGGAGACAAACGUGUGAGUAUUCGCGAUUGCCAGACCCAGACAUAUACUCAGACCGAUUUGGACCAGGCAGUUGAAGAGAAUGAGAAAAACCACCAGAAAGAGCCGGAGGCGUCCGUGACAAGGUCUCCUACAGGAGGAGAAGAUGGUGCGUUUGAGGAUCAGCCAUUGAUGAGUUGCACCAGAACAGAACAGCUCAAGAAGGUGACGCCACAAAGUGCAUUAACUCGGCCUAAAGACUGUGCGACACCUUGUCCAGAUCCAGGUGGUCCAGAUCCCGGUGGUCCAGGGACAGGAGGAAGUCCAGACAAAGAUGAAGACAAAAAAUCCGGGAACUUUGCUUCGUAUGCUCUCAAAUUCGCCGCAGGAGCAGCGGUCCUUGGUAUUGGAUCCUUCAUAGCAGCACCUGUGGUACUCACCGGAAUGGGCUUCACUGCAGCUGGUAUACAAGCCGGUUCUAUUGGUGCAUACCUGAUGUCAGCAUCUGCAAUUGCAAAUGGAGGUGGGGUCGCUGCAGGAAGUGCCGUUGCCUUACUUCAAUCCGCAGGAGCGGCGGGUGGAAUAGCUGCUACCACCUGCGCUGGCAUAGGAAUCGGGGGUGCGGCCGCUAUCACGGGUUUGGUGGCAACAGGGGAGGUUGUCGUGGGCGCUGUGAGGUACAAGAUGAAGCAGCAUAACAGCCCUAAACCAAAGGAGGUUGGAACCCAGACAGACCCUAACCCAGAUUGAAUUCUGCCACCUCCUUUGGAAGAAUGCUACAUGUAAUCCAUUGAUAUCAAUCUUCAUUCCAGAAAGUAAAUAAGAUUCUGUUUCUGUUUCUCUUCAUGGUAACUCCCGUAGGAACUCGGCAGGGCAGCUUCUUGCUGGCUAUCGCCUGGCUGAUCAGAUAAACAACUGAUUACAUGUACCAUUGUACCUAGGAAAUAUUCUACUUCUAGUUGCCGUUAUAGACGACAGAUAUACUCUUGGGCCUUUUUAUCAAAGUGGGGACAACGGCAGAGUGGGGUUUCGAACUCACAACCUUGCGAUAAUGAGUCCAAUGGUUUAACCACUAAACCAUUGCUUUAGCAAUUAUAAUUCAAUUUAGAUAUAUGUAUCCCUCAGCAAUGACUCUAAAGAUCUGUUUACCAUUUUGCCCUGCAAAAGGAAAUAAGCAACAAGCAAAUCAAUUUUUAGCGACUGAUUAUUUCAAAUCUUACAAGAAACUUUUCUCUUUUUUAAACCGAAAUAGUUCCUUCAAGUGUGUUCUCAUUUAAGUCUUGAACACCUCCCAGAGCAAAGAGACACCGCAUUUACUUCAUUGCCAAUAAAUUUUCGUUCAUCAGUAGGAACUAGCAUUUUAAGUAUUACCAACCCCUCUCCCGCAAAGGCGAUGAUAGACAUUCAGUGCAGUAUUACUUCUCUAAUUGAAUAAAGUCUUAUAUAGUGAGGUAUUUUUUUAGACUUUCCUUUCCUCAUGUUCAUUUCGAUAAUUUUUUUUUAUCAUACUGUACUUGCACAGACUGUACCCUAUGUACAAAGAGAUCUAAGAAUGCAAAAACUGUUGAAAUUACAAGCAAAACAUUCCAUCCCCUCUGACCAUUAAUGAUUACUAAAGAUAUAUGUCGUAAUAUUGGAAAUGACCAUAUCCCUAUUUUUUCCCCUUUUUCUCGGAUUCAACUAAAUAUUUGUAUGGUUGGAUAUAUAUACAGUUUUCUGAGAUAAAGUGACAGUAAUCGUUCGCUUCUUUCAUCUCGCUUUUUUUGUCUCGCAUGAACGAAAUUUAUGAGGUCAUGUCCAUCCUUUUGGGAUUUUUUUGUUCAACUAGGUCUCAUUUCUUUAUCAAUUAUGUUCACACUUGUGUUGUCUAGGGUGAUUGGGUCAUAUAAGCUUCAAUGGUCAAGUUUUUGUUCAAAUCGCUCUCAUCUCUUAUUUCUGCAUUGAUUGUUUAUACUUGAUUCAUACGAUCCUUGUGUAAUAGUCUAUGAAGAUGAUUGCGUCAGAGGCAAUCUCGGGGUCAAAGGGUCAUUUUGUUUUGAUUGCUCUCAUUUCUUUAUUUCUUCAUCAAUUGUGUUUGCGCAUGGAGAGCGCAUGCUGCCAAUCUCUGGUGCAAUAUUUUUGAAAUAUGAAUCAAAUUACAUUACUGCUGUUUUUCAUAAAAUGUAUACUGUAUAUCGAUUCUGCUGUAUUAAUGUAUUAUAUUAAUGAGUUUUACCCUGGGGUUGUAAUUUUUUCAAGCAAUCUGCUUAUGAUAACAAUCCUUCUCCUGCAAAUUGUAAAUGUUAACUAAUUUGGUACGAGA